UUGUAGUUGAGGCAGGGGAAAUCACUCUUAACUGAUGAAUGGGAAAUAAAAUAAUGUAUUGUUGAAUGGAAGUAACUCACAUCCUCAACGUAGUUACAGAAUUUUGGGAUUCCGAUACAACACUCCACCUACAACAACAUUGCAUACAAAGAUUUUACAAGGAAUUAACUCGGAAGAAAGUAAAACUAUUACACCGAUAUUAAGAAAACGGACAAAGAGAUAGUAAGACGUUAUCUGGCAGACACGUGAAGUGGUUUAUGAGAGGUUCGCCUGUAAACCUGUAGUACUUUGUCGGUGGAGCUAGUUGCUGGUGAUCAACUGAAUUUGCAGGAAGAAAUCAAGAAAAUUCUUAGCAAGUAUGUACUACCAAUGGAGAGAUAAACAGGCUUGGAAGACAUUUGGGAUAGAUAUAUCGUCACCCUCUGAUGAAGCGUGUAAAUUAUUCGAUAUCAAUGUGAAUCAGCUGGUCCGAUUCUGUAAUGAUGAGGCUCUCGGGGGCCUCACAACCACAACAACUAAAAUGUUUGAGGCUGAUCCAGAUUUCAUCAUGGGACAUGUUUUCCAGAAGGGUCUUGCUAUUCUCUCACCAAACCAAAAUUUACUUGGAAACACAAGUUUCCAAGAAGAAGUCAAGCAACUAAAGGAAUUGUCAAAAGCUGCCACUGUUACACCAUGGGAGGCACUUCAUGUUGAUGCUAUUGAAUGUGGUGCCAAAGGAGAUCUGUUAGGUGCCUGUAAAAUCUGGCAGGACAUUUUGGUAGAGACACCUUUAGAUAUUUUGGCUUUGAAACUGUCACAGUUUGCUAACUAUUAUCUUGGGAAAACUCCUCAACUUCUCCACCCUGUUGGUAGUGUCCUCUGUCAUUGGACUCCAUCUGUUCCCAACCAUGGUUAUGUCCAUAGUAUGAUGGCAUUUGGACUUGAAGAAAACAAUAUGUAUGAAGAAGCCGUGAAAGAAGCUGACCAGUCUCUUGCUAUCAACAAAAUUGAUAUUUGGGCAAGCCAUGCCAAAGGUCAUGUCUGGGAAAUGCAAGGAGAAUUUGAAAAAGGAAUUGAUUAUUUUGACAAAACCGAAAAGGAUUGGUCAUCAUGUGACAUGUUAGCUUAUCAUGUUUACUGGCAUUGGGCUGUGUACCACAUUGAAAAGGGAGACUAUGCUUCAGCCAUGGAAAUUUACAAAAGAGGGAUUCAUCCAGAUGUUGCAGGCUUUAUAGCCAUCAAAGAUUCAGCUUCCUUCUUAUACCGUCUUGGACUGGAAGAUAUUGACUGCAGCAAGGAAUGGAAGGCUGUCUUCGACGUAUGUCGUUCCCAUACGGAGGAUCACUUUUUUAUGUUCCAAGAUAUACAUAUCCUAAUGGCAUUGUUGAGUGCAGAUGAAAUGAAAAUAGCACAGGAGUUUACACAUUCUAUGACCAGUGGUUCUGUUCCCACUAGUAAAUAUUUCCUGAAAAUUCUAGAAGAAGUUGGCAAAGCUGUGUGUGAGGCUCUUGUAGCUUAUAAAGAAGGGGAUUAUGCAGAGGUUGUAGAGUUGCUGAUGCCAAUUCAAUUCCAGCUUCGUGAAGUUGGAGGAAGCAAUGCUCAGAGAGAUGUUCUGAAUCUUCUGUUAAUAGUUGCUGCCAUGAAAUCUCCCAGAGAACACCACCAAAAAUUUGCAAGGUAUCUUCUGAAUGAAAGAAAAGCAAUGAGGAAAAAUUCCCCACUUACAGACCGACUAAUAUUGAGAUCAAGUGUGAAGACGACCAACUAAUAUUGAAGUUUAGGUAGUCUAUUCAAAAAGAUUAUUUCUGUAUACUGCCAAGUCUUAAAGAGAAAAUUGUCAUUUGGGACUUUGGUUUACUCUAAAACAUGCAAGGUUUUCAAUAAAAAUGAUACAUUUAA